UCACCAUUCCUGUAUCCUUUCCUCCAUCUCAUUUCACUGCACUGCUAUCCAAAACAGCAAUCAAAUCCAUUGAUACUGAAUCGCCAAUGAAUAGAAGGCACUUGUUUUCCAGCGAGACCAAGGAUUGUAUCUUGGAAGGGAUGCUCGACCGAUUCCUGGCCUCCGGCAACGCCAUCGAGGGCAUUACCAAGUCGACAGAUCCGGGCUUUCCAUCGCUCGUUCAUAGUAUCCUUGGCCUACAGCCCGAGCUGACCGACCACCCGAGUCUGGGUCAGACACUUAUGUCAUUCAUCAGCAACCAAAAUUCGCGCCUAUUCUGCGCAAUUUCAGAGCUGCAGCGUUGGUAUGGCAGUGACCACAAGUACCCUGUUCUCCAGCUAACAGCGAAAAACAUUGACAGUAUCUUCAAGCGCUCGUCCAAGGAAGUCCGCCCAUACACGGCUGAGAUGACCUAUGCGCAGCGACUGAUUAAGAUUUUCCAGCGCAAGAACCUGGCGCAAUGGGCAGGAAUCGUCCGAGCUUACUGCGAGUUCUACAAGACCGAUAAAAAGUGCCGCGGCGUGCCUGCCAUCAAUGGUGCCGAGUGGGAGGAGGCUGGGGUCUUCCUACCGCAUGGAUUUGAUCUGAAAACGCUCAAAACUGCAGCGGUAAGCUCAUCGGAUAUCGGGGAUCCACGUCACUGGUAUAGCGAUAUUGGUGACAACAAGGAGAAUGUUAAAGCCACAGCACCAGGUACAUUUUCUUCGAGAAAGGCACUGGGAUUAUCGCGCAAGCGCAGACGCAUGGUGUCUGUCUCCGAGCCAUGCCCAAUGCAGCCUGCUGCCAAGCGCAUGCACCAGUCACGCUGCUUCACGGAGCCCACGCAGCAACCCGUGUCAUCUCCAUUCCUGGAUUCCCUGGGCAAAGCUAGCGUGUUGCAGGAUGGUUCACUGUGGCAAACGCUCAGCGUGGCUGGCAGUCAACCAGCCAUGGUGGCCUUUUCGCCAUUCGAUUUUUCGGCGUUGUCUACCUCCCAGGUCUGCAACAGCCCGACACUGUUUGGCGCCCCAGAGCACUUGGGAGGGGUCGACACGAUGAUGCUUGGCUCUGCAAUGCCACUAGGUCUUAGGUCUCUGAUGCCAAUCACAACUCAAGGACCACCAUCCCUGGUGUAUACGACCAAUACCACCAGCACGCAAGGCGCACUGACGCUCUCUGACAUUACGGGUGCCAGUAGACUUGUCGGCGCGGAGUCGACACUGUCGGAUGAAUUGCUGGACCAAACAUUUGUCGGCUCACUGGAUGAUGCCGCAGCAACGAAUAUCAACGCGAUUGUCGAAAAGCUGAUCAAGAGCAAGCCGUGCAGCGUGCUAGAUAGUGGGCCAGCUACAUGGGCCAAAGCUGAGCAUGCAUUGCUGGCUGACUGCAGUGAUGGUGUAGGCAGCAGCGCUGACACAGACCGCGUAUUAGAUCUGUCUGGUGCUCAAUGAUUGCUGAAACAUG